AUGGUGGCACUGCAAGGUUCAGGUUUAUUAGUUGCAGCUCAAGAUGCUACGGAAGAUGAGGAAGCUGUGGAAGAUACCGUAGUUGAAGAUGAAGAUGAUGAAGCUGAAGUUGAAGAAGAUGAGCCAACAGACUUGACAGAAGAAAAAGAGGAAGAAGACUUGUCAGGAGAACCUAAAGCCUCACCUAGUGCUGAUACAACCAUCUUAUUUGUGAAAGGUGAAGACUUUCCAGCAAACAACAUUGUAAAAUUUCUGGUGGGCUUCACCAAUAAGGGUACAGAGGAUUUCAUUGUUGAGUCUCUCGAUGCUUCUUUCCGCUAUCCUCAAGACUACCAGUUUUAUAUCCAGAACUUCACAGCUCUCCCUCUGAAUACAGUAGUUCCACCACAGAGACAAGCCACGUUUGAGUACUCUUUCAUCCCUGCUGAGCCUAUGGGUGGUCGUCCUUUUGGACUGGUUAUCAAUCUCAACUACAGAGAUGUAAAUGGCAAUGUGUUUCAAGAUGCUGUCUUCAAUCAAACCGUCACAAUUAUUGAAAAAGAAGAUGGGCUGGAUGGAGAAACGAUCUUCAUGUACAUGUUCCUCGCUGGACUUGGUCUACUUGUCAUUGUUGGCCUACAUCAGUUACUAGAAUCUAGGAAGAGGAAAAGACCAGUACAGAAAGUAGAGAUGGGAACAUCAAAUCAGAAUGAUGUUGAUAUGAGCUGGAUUCCCCAAGAAACUUUAAAUCAAAUAAUGCAGAGUAAAAGAGAUAAAGCUUCACCGAGGAGGUUGCCCUACAAGAGGGCACAGAAGAGAUCAGUGGGCUCUGAUGAAAAGAACCAUCCCACCAGGACUUAGGAAGAUGCGGAUGCUUCAGCUUCGCUGCAAUUCCCUGGCCUCCAGAACUGGAUACGCAACUCAGAUGAUUCUUUGGCUCAUUGUCCCAUGAAGUGUGUUUUAUUUAUAGGAAAGCGUAUCAAAUGCAGCUCAGUUGCCAACAAGUUAAAACAAAGGAUUUCUUCUUUUUUUUGACACAUGCACGUGGCUUUCAAACACAUCCUGAAGAUUUCAGCGCCACACGCAUCUGUGUAAAAAUAAAACUAUGGCGGCAGAAACCUACUUCGUUUAUACAGAAAACGACUGAUACACCGUUAACCACCACAACGUGCCAGAAGGACACUCACUCACAUGACCGUGGGGCUACAGUUAACAAAAAAAAGGGCAGAGAACCCUGACCCAACGCCCGCGCAGGAAAAUCAGCACCGAAGAAGUACUUUCCUGCUGUCUUCGGUUGCUACGUUAAGGAACUGCCCCCAGAGAAAAGCACCGUUUCAAAGGGGCUUGACUACCAGAAAACGGUAGUCAUUGGUUUGACUGUAGUCAAUGGUUUGACUACCAGAAAAUGGUGG